AUGGCCCAUACUGCUAUUUCUGAUCCAGAGUACAUGCGCGAGCGGUUCGACAGCCAGGCGACGCUGGCCGGCAAGAUCUCAACGCUCGCCGAGUGGAUUCGCGAGGCCGACGGCGAGACAGUAAUCUUUACUGGCGCCGGCAUCUCGACCUCGUGCGGCAUUCCCGACUUCCGAUCGCCCAAUGGGGUGUGGACGCUCAAGGCGCAGGGUCGGAAGCGCAAGGGAAAGACCACGCCGACAACCAAGGCCAUCCCAUCGGCAACCCACAUGGGCAUCGUGGCCAUGCUCCGUUCUGGCACCGCCAAGUUCCUCAUCUCGCAAAACUGCGAUGGCUUGCAUCGGCGAUCGGGCGUGCCGCCGGCCAAGCUUGCUGAGCUCCACGGCAACUCAAACAUAGAGUACUGCCGCUCUUGUGGGGCCGAGUACCUCCGCGAUUGGGCCUGUCGCCGCAUCGUCCGCGGACGCGAUCACUUUACUGGCCGCCAUUGCGAGCGCGCCGGAUGCGGUGGCAAGCUCUGGGACUCGACCAUCGACUUUGGUCAGAGUCUGCCGGAGGAACCGCUCCGCGCCGCGUACGCCGCCUCGCAAACCGCUGCCCUCCACAUUGUCUUUGGGUCAUCGCUCACCGUCUCGCCGGCGUGUGACAUGCCGGCGGAGACCGCAGCCGCUGGCGGCCGCAUGGUCAUCGUCAACCUGCAGAAGACCCCGCUCACAGAAAACGCCGAUCUGCACAUCUACGCCAAGACCGAUGACGUCAUGUGCGCCCUUCUGAGCCAGCUUGGCCUCGAUCCGCCGCAGUGGCGCCUCCGCCGCUCAAUCCGCAUCCGCCACGGUGUGCGUGGUGACGGGUACGUCAUCUGUGUCUCGGCCGUCGAUCCCGAAGACAACGCCCUGCCGGCAUCCAUCUUCCGCGGAGUGGUGGCGAGUCUUGUUCCGCAAGAUGCCGAUGCUGCGCCGACGACCGUCACGCUGCUUGAGCCGCCAUUUGCAGCCACCAUCCCGGUCACCACCACGCCUGACAAGACAGUCGUCGAUCUCAUGUUCAUGGGACACUACGCUGAGCCCAGGCUUAAGCUGGAGCUCCCGAUUGUGCUCGGCAAGCCGCCUGCUCAGCCGGUUGCCAUCGAGCUUGCCUACGAUCCGUACACUCGCACGUGGACGGUGCUCUCACGGACCGAUGGCACCGGAGCAGGGCCGUCGGCGACAUCGGCGGCUUCGCCGAGUGCAGAGCCGCUCAUCGAGCCUACAGCCACACUGGUGCUCUCGCAGGACACCUCGCCGGCGUACAUGGUGUCGGCAACCCGGAUCGCGUCGAUGGCCGCCGCCUCUCGCCCGCUGGUGGUCAUGUGGCCGGCGGUUAGUCGACUGGUGGUUCCGGGCGGCGAACAGUAUCCGAUGGUGGUUCUUGUCGGCGGGCUCCCGUCGCGCGACUCGGGCGCUCGCGAUCAGCCGCGGCUUGCGGCGUACCAGAUCGUCGAGCAUAGAGUCAACGGUCGGGUCGGCGUCUGGUUCACGCCUUCCUUCGGCAACUUGGCGAUCCAGUGCAGGCGGGAGUGCGAGCGAGGAGUGCUUAAGCGGUGGCUCUCGGCAGCCGCGGCUGUCGAUCCGCACACCAUGGUGGUGUUUGGUGGAUGCGAUGGAAGCUCGAUGUACAACGAUCUGACUGUGGUUCGGGCGACAAGUGUCCGCGGUGCGCUUCCCACACUCGAGCUGGAGAUCGAGGCGCUGGCGGCAGUCCCUGGCGGCAACCGGCCGGCACAUCGACUCGGUGCUUCGCUGACGGCGAUCGGCGACGGCCAGUUGGUUCUCUUCGGCGGAUCGGUGUGUGAAGGCGGGCCGUAUGCGUUCCUCAACGAUGUCCACGUCUUUGACAUGUCGAGUGGCGAGUGGACCGACAUGACGCCGCAGAUCCGCGGGCCGCGGCCCAGCGCAAGGGCACAACACGCCGCGCACUACUUUGCACACGCCAACUCACUGCUUGUGGUUGGCGGUACGGGAGUCGACGCCCACCACGCCGACGGCCAUGUCCUCGAUCUCGACUCGUGGACGUGGCGGGCAGUGCCGAGCGGACCCGGUGGGCCGGCUGCAGUGGCGAUCGCCGACGACGACAAAAAGCCGUUCCGGAUCACGCCCGCACAGUGCGCAAUCGUCCCGACAAGCGCGGCCACGCCCGACACAGUGCUUGUCUGGGGCCUCCCACACCAGAUCUCGCCAGUCCACAUUCUCGACGUCUCGGCCGGCUGGCGUCAGCAGGCCGGCGAGUUUGUCCUCCCGCCACCGCUACCCGCCACCGCUGCCGCGGCCGUCACAUUCGACGAUGGCAUCACAGCGCUGUUUGGUGGCGUCAGCGGCGAUGGUGUGCGUCUCGAGGCACUCGGCCCGACAUGGAUCGAAGCGGCGAGCCCGUGA